AUGUCGGUUAGCAUUUUUAAACAUGCCCACCAGCAUCUGUAUACAUCACAGCGUAGUCUCUCAUCUCUCCCGUCCUUCUCCGUUCUGCGCAAUGAACUAACCCAACGCCGCCUCCCGCUGUUCUACGACUAUCUCAGCCCGCAACAAUCGCAUCUCCUCAACCUCUCCCUCGACGAUUUCAUCCCUACCUCAGGAUCUACCUCCGCCAACAACGGCAAUGCCACCGCCCUCCCUUCAUCGGUUCUUGACCCCCGCCCUCUGCCCGCUGGUCACCAUCUAGUCUACUUCCCGCCACAUGUACCUUCAUCACAACUGCUGCCAGAUGGGACAGACACAUUACAUUACCCGGGCCCGCCCUUUAACCGGCGUAUGUGGGCUGGGGGCUGGGUGAGAUUUUAUAACGACGGAAAUGAUGAGCCGUUGCUCCUUAACGGGCAGCGGGCAGUGUGCAUAGAGGGGAUCAGAGACGUGUCUGUGAAGGGCAAAGAUGGGGAAGAGAAGGUAUUUGUUGCGGUUGAGAGAAGAGUUGCGGUUGUGCGGGAAGGGGAAGAGGAAGAGGAGAUUCGAGGGCGGGUGUGGACGGUUGGUGAGGAGGAAAAGGGGGAUGCAGUGGUGGUUGAGAGGAGGAAUCUGGUGUUUAUGAGGGAUAGGGAGGGUGGGGUUGAGAAGGUUAAGAGGAGAGCUGUUAAGGCCCCAUUAAACCCGGAUUUCAGCCAUGCUCUAAUCCCAUCGCGGUCACUGCUAUUCCGCUUUUCAGCACUGACAUUCAACGCGCACUCCAUCCACCUAGACAGAGGCUAUGCGCAGAACAUCGAGGGAUAUCAAGACGUGCUGGUUCACGGCCCGCUGACCCUCACCCUGAUGCUUACCAUAUUCCAGAAUCAAAUCUCUGCUCUAUCCGGCGGACAGGUGGUAAUUGGGAGUAUUGAGUAUCGGAAUCUGUCGCCGUUAUUUGUUGAGCAGGAGAUGAGGAUAUGUGCGAAGCGUAAAGGUAGCGGGAACGGGGAUGGUCAUGCAGCUGCUCCGGCUGGGGCAUGGGAUAUAUGGGUGGAGGGCCUUGAUGGGGGAUUGGCCGUCAAGGGGACUGUGACUGUACACGUGCAGACGACGAGGAGUUGA